AUGUCUAAGAGUGAUGGUCAUGUAGUAAUGCUACCAUGGUCUGCAUUUGGUCACCUUAUUCCAUUUUUCAAUCUCUCCUUAUCUUUAGCCAAAGUAGGAGGAAUUCAUAUCUCAUUCAUAUCAACUCCCAGAAAUAUCAAAAGACUCCCUAAAGUUCCUCCAAACUUAACACACCUUGUAAAACUAGUGGAAUUUCCAAUGCCAACUCUUGAUGACAAGAGUCUUUUGCCUGAAGAUGCUGAAGCUACUUCUGAUCUUCCUAGUUAUUUAGAACAACUCCAGUACUUGAAAGCAGCUUAUGAUCUUCUCCAAGAACCAAUCCAAAAGUUCAUUGCAGAUAAAAAAACAGAUUGGAUUAUUGUCGAUUUCGCCCAAUAUUGGAUAGUUGAGUUUGCUGAAACUCACGAUAUACCUUUAAUUUACUUUAGUAUUUUUCCUGCUGCUGCAGUAGGUUUCUCAAUUGCUGCAUCAGUUACAGAUAAGUCAGUGCUUGAAAGUUUUACCUCACCAGCGUCUGAGAUGCUGCAUAUUCCAUCGUCGACUUUGUGUUACCGAAGGUAUGAAGCAUUAGAGAUUAUGUCUUCAUGUUUUGAAGAAGACGCCUCAGGGGUGUCAUAUGCUCAACGUGGAGCUGAUAUAAUAUUUGCAUGUCAAGCCAUGGCUAUACGAGGUUGCCAAGAAUUUGAUGGUGAGUAUUUGGAUGCAGUACAUAAAGUCAUAGACAAGCCUGCUAUUCCUGUUGGAUUAUUACCACCCGCUGAAACAUCAAGAAACUGUAGCUUCAAUUACGAAGAUGAUGAUCAAUCAAUAUCAUGGCAGGAAAUGUUCAAAUGGCUCGAUCAACAGAAACCCAUGUCAGUUUUAUUCGUUGGGUUUGGAAGCGAAAUGGAACCGAGUAAAGACCAAGUGCAUGAAAUAGCAUAUGGGCUUGAGCUCUCUGGGCUACCAUUCAUAUGGAUACUACAGAAGAAAAGUCUGCAACAUGGUCAUGUUCUUGUUCUUCAGCCAUUAAUGUAUGAUCAAGGCCUAAAUGCAAGAAUGCUAGUAGAAAAAGGACUCGGUGUUGAAGUGGAGAGAAAUGAAGAAGAUGGUUCAUUUACUAGAAAUGAUAUAUCUAACGCAUUGACAUACGCCAUGAUUUCUACAGAAAGUGAAGAGCUUAGGGAAAGAACAACAAAAGCUACUGCUAUUUUUGGAGAUCGGAAGUUGCAUGAUUCUUACAUUGCUAACUUUGUUGAGUAUCUGAAAACUGAUUGGAAAAAUCAUUAG